ACAGAUCUCGUUUCGUUUGUUUACAAACAAAAUUUAGUUCAUCUGCAGAAAAGCUUGAUGCUUCCAUUCCACUUCCACUGAAUUGAAGCUCAACAUCCCGCCGCUGAAGUCACAAUGGGAACCGAUGAUGACAACUGGUCGAUGCAGUGCUGUGAGCUGGACGAUUUGAUCCCAUCGCCGGAAGAUCUGGAAAGUGCAUACGUCGCGCUCGAAAAUGGAACCUACUCGCUGGAGCUGAACUGGAAGUGCCCGGGCAGACGGCCACCCUCGCCGGUGAAAACGGAAGAGCCUAAAGUGGCCGAACCGGCGGAGAAGGAAACCCCCACUAAAAAUAAGGAAUUCGAUUUCAUGGACGAUGGUCCGUUGCCGCAGAUGCGCGUCCGUGCGCAAAAUACAGGACCCAAGGGGUCGGCCAAGAAGAAGACCACCAAUUUUGCCGGUGUGUUGGAUCAAAUGAAGAAACAUGGGCGUUUAGCGCCAUUGAAGGAGGGUACGGCCGGAGCAGCAGCUGCGGCUACAAGUGCAAGUGGAACGGCUUCCACUGGAUCGGGAGCGGGUUCCACUGGGACUGCUAGUAGCAAUAACUAGACUCAUUAAAACUUGUAAAAUAAAUUAAUUUAAGAACA